AGACAUUAUCGUCUUCGCUUGCCCUUUGCAGCCGCACCACACACUGCCACGCCAUCGUCGCCAAGCGCUACUUUCACGAAUUCUAUGAAUAUUUGAACGAAAGGUUUUACAAAUGGUGUUAGCGAUCGGCAUUUCUCAUGGUCUACGGAUUUCCCAGGCGCUACCCCACUUUGCCAGUCACGAGAGACAAUGUGUUAGUGGCGGUCGUACUUUGUACGACGGCGAUAUUAGCUCUUCCUCAACGACCUAGCGGUGGCGCUGACAAAGAUGCGGUAAUUACAUCUCAGCAGCUCGAAGUCAACUUUGACGGCACUUACGUCAAUAACUUCGAGACAAGCAACGGAAUCAGUCACCAAGAAUCGGGACAACCUAAACAAGUAGACAACGAGACACCGGUUGUUUCGCAAGGCUCUGAUUCUUACACGGCGCCGGAUGGUCAGCAAGUCAGUAUCACGUACGUGGCUGACGAGAAUGGCUUCCAAGUGCAAGGAUCUCACAUCCCCACGGCACCACCGAUACCGCCAGAGAUUCAAAGGGCGCUCGAGUGGAACGCGGCUCACCCAGAAGAAGACGACGGUGGCCAACCACGACCACCUGGCCGAGGUUAAUCAGCCCAACUAUACCUCAAACGUGACCUGAUUUCGAGCCAGCUUGCCAUGGACAGAACCGACCCUGAGCCUUCGAUGCGACCAUAAAAAUAAAUAUAGUGUGGUAUAUUAAUCUAGGAUUAUACAUAACAGAAAAAAAAUAAGGCGCGAGCCAGCCGGUAUAUAAUAACUGUAUACUUCGAGAUUCUUUAUCUUACCUGUAUAGAUGAAAGUAAUGCGCACUGUUCAGCAGUUUACGACAGGAUCGUGCCGAUGCGCGCACGCUGCUUUCACAAACGUAAAACGCGAAAAAACGACCACGCCAUCGCAGCUGCGAAGACGCGUAUCGAGCGUCGAUAGUACAUAAUAAUAUACGUAUACUUUAACUUGUGAUUUUUGUAUAUAAAUAAAAACGUUUUGCCGAAGAA